AUGUCAAAUGCCUUAGAGAAGUCUAGCAGAAUCAGACAGAAAAACGACCAAGAAGAUUCCGAAAUGAGCGAAAAAGAGAAAUAUACCGAGAAAUCGGACACGAGUCGAUCGAACGAUAACGAAGAAGAGGAGGAGGAUGACCAAGUGGACUCGAAGACGCUCAAAUGCCAGUUCCAGUCGAUGCAGGCGGAACUGAAAAGACGCAUCGAGGCGCUCGAGUCCAUUCUACUACGAAGGAGUCGUACAUGA